CAGAUGGUUCCUUUUUCUAUGUAAGUGCCAUGAGGAUCCUGCUGAGCAAAGUGCCCAGAUCGUGGAUGGUGGAUGAGAAAAAAGAUGACGGCUACACGGCUCUUCACCUGGCUGCUCUCAACAAUCAUGUGGAGGUUGCGGAGUUACUAGUUCACCAAGGGCGUGCUAAUAUGGACCUACAAAAUGUGAAUUUGCAAACGCCGCUCCAUCUGGCUGUGGAGAGACACCACACUCAGAUUGUCAGGCUUCUGGUUCGAGAAGGUGCUAAUCUCAACCUAGCAGACAAAGAUGGCGACACUCCACUGCACGAAGCGCUGAGGCACCAUACUCUAUCCCAGUUGAGGCAGCUGCAGGAUAUGCAGGAUGUUGGAAAGUCCCCUCAACUGCUGAUGGGCCUGGGAACUCAAGGAGUGGACAAAAAGAGCCCAGCCUCAAUAGCGUGCCUUUUGGCAGCCCAUGGAGCUGACCUCAACAUCAAGAACAAAAAGGGACAGACUCCGCUAGACCUAUGCCCUGACCCCAACUUGUGCAAAGCCCUGACGAAGUGCUACAAAGAUAAGUCGUGUUCGGGAGAAAUGGGUGCUCUAGAGGUUUGCGCCGAAGAAAGCCUCGAGGAGUGCAUGGUGUGUUCAGAUACAAAACGUGAUACGCUUUUCGGUCCCUGUGGCCACAUAGCUACCUGUUCAAUAUGCUCACCUAGAGUCAAGAAGUGUCUUAUGUGUAAAGAGCCUGUGCAAUCUAGAACAAAGAUCGAAGAAUGUGUUGUUUGUUCAGACAAACAAGCGUCUGUACUCUUCCAGCCUUGUGGCCAUAUGUGUGCUUGUGACAAUUGUGCCUCUCUCAUGAAGAAGUGUGUCCAGUGUAGAGGAGUCAUUGAAAAACAUAUACCAUUUAUUGUUUGUUGUGGUGGGCAGGCUCCACCAUCAGCUCUUCCAAAUAGUGCCAACAACAACAGCGCAAGCAGCAGUGGCGGAGGCAGCAGUAGUGGCAGUAAUAACGCUGCAACAGUUGCUGCGCCAACAGUAGCCCCCGGAGUGGUCGUUCCUGCUGUGGGACCCCUUAUGAACAAUGGCUCACGAGACAUGUCAUCAGCUGAUCUGCAGAAACUACAACAGCAGCUCCACGAUAUCAAAGAACAAACCAUGUGUCCAGUUUGUCUCGAUCGUUUGAAGAACAUGAUCUUCCUGUGCGGCCACGGAACUUGCCAGAUGUGUGGGGACCGUAUGCACGAAUGUCCAAUCUGCCGAAAACCCGUCGAAAAACGUAUAUUGGUUUUUUGAGCUUAAAACGAUGUCUUUUCCAACGUGAUAAAUAUUAACAGCCAGUGACGAAUUUAGAGAGCUUAUGAUAAUCAUCAUGCAGGACUAGAUAGGUAUUUCACAUUCCUUCUCUGAUUUUUUUGGGCAUCCUACGUACAUUUUACAUUUUAUGGCAGCAUUUAAACAUUCUUUUUUUAACAAUCAUAUAUCAUGGCAAUUUUUACAUUCUGGACUUGUUUUGACAGGCAUAAGUUAAAUAAAUAUUGGGAUGUUAUUCCUUCAAGACGAUAAUGUAAUAUUAUACUGUAUAAAAAAUUUACAGCAUUUUA